AUGGAUCUCUCUACCAGUGCUGUGGUCUUCUUGCUCCUCACCUACCACCUCUGUGAGGCAGAACAUCGAAGCUAUAAUUCAAUCCUCAUGGUGUCCAAUGGCGGGAAGUGGGGAGAAUGGGGAAAAAUUGAAUUCUGUCCCAAAGGACAUGCAUACGGAUUCUCACUGAAGGUAAAGGCUUAUCUAUAUCUUCUUUUUGAUACCCUGAUCCCAAGGAAUAGUCACAAUAAUGUAAUAUAUAUAUAUAUUUCAAGUUGCUUUCCAUCUUUCUUCCUGAACCCAUUGCCUGCAUAUUACUGUCUGCAAGGUGCUUUGAAGUGUUGACUGCCAUGCUUAAAGAUUUAAUAGCUCUAAAAAGUCUCCAUGCCACUUUGUCAAUCCACACUGGAGAGGCUUAGAGUGAAUGGCAUUUUACAUAAAAGAAAACUACCAUGAAUCUGGCCUGGAGGAGAAAAGGGACAGGGAUACCGCCCAAUAUCAUUACUUAAUGAGGAUUACAAAAUUUUUGCAGAUAUUUUGGCGAAGAGAUUUAAAAAAGUGCUGUUGGAAGAGAUUCAUCAAGACCAAGCGGGCUUUCUCCCAAGAAGACACUUGUCUGAUAACCUAAGGAAUAUAAUUGAUAUUUUGGAAAAUUAGAAGUGAAUAUAAACACUAAAGCAGUGUUGAUAUUCGUAGACGCGGAGAAAGCCUUUGACAAUAUUUCUUGGAAUUUUAUGAAAAGAAUCUUCAGGGUAUGGGGGUAGGCCAAGGUUUUGAGAAUGGUAUAAGUGCAAUUUAUUCAGAACAAAAGGCUAAACUAAUUGUAAAUAACAUUGUGACGGAAGAACUUAAAAUUGAAAAAGGGACAUGACAAGGGUGCCCAAUUUCCCUCUUCUUUUAUUUCGGUCCUGGAGGUGUUGCUGAACAUGAUUAGAAGGGACCAGUUGGUUAAAGGUAUACAGGUCGGAACUAAACACUAUAAAUUGAGAGCAUUUGCAGAUGACUUAGUAUUGACGUUACAGGAGCCAGAAUCUAGUACAAAAAGGGUUUUAGAACUGAUUCAAGAAUUUGGUCAAGUGGCAGGAUUUAAAUUGAACAAAUUAAAAACCAAGGUUUUAGAGAAAAAUUUAACACCGUUUGAAAGAGAGAGGUUUCAGAAUGAGACAGGGUUAACAGUGGUUAAGAAAGUUAAAUACCUGGGGAUUAAUAUGACAGCAAAAAAUGGGAAUUUAUUUAAAGACAACUAUGAAAAAUGUUGGUCAGAAGUGAAAAAAGAUUUAGAAAUUUGGUCAAACUUGAAGCUUUCACUGCUAGGCCGUAUUGCUGCGAUAAAAAUGAAUGUAUUGCCUAGAAUGUUGUUUUUGUUUCAAACUUUGCAGAUUGUCGACAAAAUGGACUGUUUCAAGAGGUGGCAGAAAGAUAUUUCUAAAUUUGUCUGGCAGGGCAAGAAACCUAGAAUAAAAUUUAAAAUACUAACAGAUGCAAAGGAAAGAGGUGGAUUUGCCCUGCCAGACCUCAAACUUUAUUAUGAAUCAGCAGCUUUUGCUGGUUGAAAGAAUGGCUACUUCUUGAAAACACUGACAUUUUGGAUUUGGAAGGUUUCAAUAAUGUAUUUGGAUGGCAUGCAUAUUUAUGGUAUGAUAAGGUCAAAGCACACAAAGCAUUUAAAAACCACAUUGUCAGGAAAGCGUUAUUUAAUGUUUGGAUUAGAUAUAAGGAUUUGCUAGAAAAUAAAACCCCAAGGUGGCUGUCACCAAUGGAAGCGAAAGCCUUGAAAAGGGUCACUAUGGAGGUCAAAUGGCCGAAAUAUUGGGAAAUUUUGGAACAAGACGGAGAUAGAUUGAAAUUGCAGAGUUUUGAAAAAUUAAAAAACAAAGUGCGAGACUGGCUCCAUUAUUAUCAAAUAAUGGAGGCAUUUAAAUUAGACAGGAAAAUUGGCUUCCAGGUGGAAAAAUCAAAAUUAGAAACAGAAUUGUUAGAACCCAAUACUAAGAAUCUGUCAAGAAUGUAUAACUUGCUGCUGAAAUGGAAUACUCAAGAUGAAACGGUAAAAUCGGCUAUGAUUAAAUGGGCACAGGACGUAGGACAUAACAUUAUGUUUGCUGACUGGGAACAGUUAUGGACCACUGGUAUGAAAUUUACGGCAUGUAAUGCCUUAAGAGAGAAUAUUAUGAAAAUGAUAUAUAGGUGGUACAUAACCCCAGUCAAGCUUGCGAAAAUCUAUCACUUGCCCGAUAACAAAUGUUGGAAAUGUAAAGAAACUGAAGGUACAUUUUUUCACCUUUGGUGGACGUGCCCAAAGAUUAAGGUAUUCUGGGAAAUGAUAUAUAAUGAAUUAAAAAAGGUAUUUAAGUAUACCUUCCCCAAGAAACCAGAGGCCUUUCUCCUGGGCAUAGUGGGCCAAAUGGUGUUAAAAAAGGAUAGAACUUUCUUUAUGUAUGCAACAACAGCAGCAAGAAUACUCAUCGCAAAGUAUUGGAAGACACAAGAACUUCCCACGCUGGAGGAAUGGCAGAUGAAACUUAUGGACUAUAUGGAAUUGGCGGAAAUGACUGGCAGAAUCCGUGACCAGGGAGAAGAGUCGAUGGAGGAAGACUGGAAGAAAUUCAAAGACUAUCUUCAGAAACACUGCAAAAUUAAGGAAUGUUAGAGUGAUGUUGGAUUGAAAAUAAGUGGUUUCCAGCUGUACAGGUUAAAGCUAAGGAUAGAUUAAGAUUAAAGAUCAAGAUUAAAGAUGUUUAAAGAAAUGGAAAUUUGAUAAUAAAAGGGAAAAAUUUAAAGGUAUAUGACAUUAAGAACAAGGAUCAUGUUUAAAAAAAAGUUGAAGCUAUAUAUUUUAAUAUUUUACUAAAUUAAAGAUUGGGUUUAAAAAAGUGGAAAAGAAACUGCUGGACAAAUAAUGUAGAUUGGAAUACAAAAGAGGGAGGUAUGAGGAAGUCCAGAAAAUAAGUAAUUUAAAAUUGGGAAUGGAAAAGAGAGUUUGUUUUUAAUUGUUAUGUUUUGUGUUUUUAUUGUUAAAUUUUGUAUUGUUUUUCUGUGUGUGUUGUUUUUUCUUUUUUCUUUGUUUAAAACUUUAAUAAAAAUUAUUUCCAAAAAAAAAAAAAGGGAUACAGAAAAGUUUGGAGUGCAGUGAGCUGGCAAUAUUGUGGUCAGGUUUAUCUUCCUGAAAAGUGAGCGUCCAACUGGAAAAUACAGACUAAACGGUUAGUGUGGAAGUAACCCAGGUAAGUUCUGGUGUUUUCUAGAAGGGUUGCCAUAAAUCCAGAUUUUUCCUGACAUGUCCAGGAUUUCAACAACUUUCCCCUAAAAAGCUCAACAACUUUUUGUGUUUGGAUUCUUACUUCUUGAAAUAAUAUGGCAACCCUAACUUCACAAACUGGAGAAAACCUGCUGUAGCAUAUGAAGACAUAAGAGAGGGAUUGAGGGUGCCUUAGCCAGUCAUUAGCAAGAUCAUUUUUUCCCUAUUAUUAUUAUUAUUAUUAUUAUUAUUAUUAUUCCUAUUAUUAUUAUUAUUUUGCGGGAGGUAGUGGAAGACAGAAGUGCCUGGCUUGUCUGGUCCAUGGGGUCACGAAGAGUCGGACACGACUAAACGACUAAACAACAACAACUUGGGGCCCAUUGGACUGGUUGCAUCGAAAAGCUACUGUCUUUUGAUGCAGUGGGGAAUGUAAAUCUCAAUCCAUAACCAGUAAUACUUGUACACAAGUAAAGGUAAAGGGACCCCUGACCAUUAGGUCCAGUCAUGGCUGACUCUGGGGUUGUGGUGCUCAUCUCUCUUUAUUGGCCUAGGGAGCCGGUGUACAGCUUCCGGGUCAUGUGGCCAGCAUGACUAAGCCGCUUCUGGUGAACCAGAGCGGUGAACGGAAACGCCGUUUACCUUCCCGCCAGAGCGGUAUCUAUUUAUCUACUUGCACUUUGAGGAGCUUUUGAACUGCUAGGUUGGCAGGAGCAGGGUCCGAGCAACGGAAGCUCACCCCAUUGCGGGGAUUCGAACCACCUACCUACUGAUUAGCAAGUCCUAGGCUCUGUAGUUUAACCCACAGGGCGACCCGCUUCCCAACAAGUAGGGACAUGUAAUUAUGAACAGAUAACUGCUUAUUUAGGUUGCAAGCUAGUACUUUGGAAAAUUCAGACUGCAGACGCAGUCUGAAUGUGAGUGUUGUCAGAGUCCUAAUUUGGUUAACUACAGUUACAACCUCCCAUUUUGUAACAUACACAAUAUCUUUUUGUUUUGUUUUGUUUUCUACAUGGGUACUAUUUCUUUUUUAUUUUUAUUUUUUGUGCCUGGUCUUACUCUGUGCACUUGUAAUUUUGUACUUUUUAUUUUUCAAUAAAGAAUAUAAAACAGAGUCCUAGCUUGCAAAAACAGCUUUAUUGCAGUCUCUUUCUCUCUUUUCCACCAGGUACAGGAAAAACAAGGAUUGACUGAUGAUGAUACUUCCCUCAAUGGCAUCCGUCUCCAUUGCAGUACUGGUGCAGUUGUACAAUCCACUGUUGGACCGUAAGCAUCUUCUUGAUUGUCCUCUUUGUUGCUUGGAAAGUGAUGCUGUGAGCGGCUGGCUGAAAUCUAUUAUGUUUCAGCACCAGGGCAGGAUGAUGUCAGGGUCUAUCAGCCUCAUUCUUAGCUCUCAGACUCUAAGGAUACCAACUCUUGGUUGCCUUCCAAAUUUCAGAGGAACCCAAGCCCCAUAAAACAGACAGAAAAGAGACUGCAACAACAGAGUACAAAGGAAAGGAAAAGCAGUGUUUCUUCCUGAGGACCACACAUGCCAAGGAAAGAGAGAGCAAGAGGAAACCACCAUCUAUCCUAAGAGUGGGGAACCUCAAGCCCAGGGGUCAAAUGUGGUCCCCCAGGCUUCUCUGUCUGGUCCUCAUGAAUAUCUGUGAUUGUCAGGGGUCAGGACCUCAGGCAGGAAGGAGAGGCAGGCUGAGUAUGAAAAGGCCAAGACCUACCUAACCAGUGGCUGUGCCUUCCUGAGAGAAAGUAGGCACAAUACUGAAACUCUCCUUCCUGGCGGAUGCACUGGCUUAAAAGAUCAAUGUCUCUACUCAACAGCUGUUUAGCAGAGACCUUGAUCCUAUGGGGUGCAGGUGCUGCUUUGCUUUUCUUGCAGGAAAGUUGUUACCACUUAACUUAGUGGAUUCCAUCCUGCAUGGUGCUGGUCACUGGACUGCAUGAAGAAGCAGCAGCACCACACAGAAUCAGGCCGUUCUGCUUAGCAUCUAUUAGGCAAGAGCAGCAAAUGCUAUGUGGCACCGAUGUACCCUGACCUUACAAAACAACCCCAUUCUUAACAGAAGAUUGGGGUUUGAAACCCCUUUAAACAUUCUUUAGCUCCAUCUUCCAGGGCCAGAUUGGGAGGGUGUGGUGUGGGUGGACCCCGGGUGGCACAGGGCAGAUCCACCUACUCCAGGGGUCACAACACACAGCCCUACUUAGAAGUUGAGGUUUGGUAGACACUCUAUACCUGAUGAGGUCUGCAAAAGAUGCCUUUUAAAAAUCUGAGGAGGCAACUGCCCUCUUGACUUUCGUGUUGGAAAGCAAAUCAUUCCAAUUUGGGUCAUAUUUCCAGAGAGGCAGACAUUACCAUAUUGUCUUUUUUUCUUUUUCCAGGUUGGGAAAGUGGACAAAGAUUACGGAAUGCCCCAAGGGCUACCUGGUUGCCUUCGCUCUGAAUGUGGAAGCCCCACAAGGGCCAGGUGAUGAUACGGCAGCCAACAACAUCCAGUUCAACUGUGGAGAUGGGACUGCACUGGAGGGCAGGUCCACCGACUUCGGUACUUAUGGCCGCUGGAGCAAGCGCUGCACCGCUGGUGCCAUCUGUGGGAUCCAAACAAAGGUGGAGGCUCUAGCUCUAGCUCUAGGUGAUAACACAGCACUUAAUGAUGUCAGGUUCUUCUGCUGUGACUGA